UCCCAGUUUCCCUACGUGAUACUUGCUGGAAGGUUCAACUGACUGCUUACACAUUAACCAGAGGAGCUGCAGUAUGUUGUCUCCUUAUCCAUUUUUUCUGUUCUCAUAUGGCCACAGCAUUUAGCAUUAGCAAUUGGGUAAAUGGGUACUUGGUAUAAAUCAUAUUUGAGACAUUAAGUGGUGAUAUACAACAACACAGGACAGACAUUGAUACACAACGUAACUAUCUGAAAAAUAAUCACCAUCAGAACUGGAAAUCUCUCUCUCUCUGAUACAGUCUACUUAGUAAAAUGUCAAGGAUGUUGUGGAUCAAAAACAGAAGACCAGAUGCCGAUCAUCAGGGAUUCAACAAAGGAUAAAGAUGCAUCAGCCAGUUCCAGGAAGAACACUGCAGAGUUCGAUAUAAAUCAAGCACGCUCACAUGAAGUGGAUGUUACUCUGGAUGUGGACACAGCUCACCCUAAGCUGAAGAUAGAUGGGAAAUCACUACAGUGGAUAGAUGAAUCACAGCAGAGAAACAUUAACAUUGAGAACUGUUUUGAUGAAGAGCCUUUUGUGUUGGGCAAAAUGGGCCGUGCAUGGAAGAGUUACUGGGAGGUGAAAGUGAAGAAGGACGACUGGGUGCUUGGCGUUACCAAGGCAACGGCUCACAGGAAGGGGCCGCUGGUUUUUAGACCAAAAGGUGGCUUCUGGGUAAUCAGACUAUCCAAUGGGCAAAGACUUAAAGCAAUGGAGGAUGAAGAACAUGUUCUUGAGAAAGGUAUUCCAGAUAAAGUUGGUAUCUAUCUGGAUUAUCAGGAAAAGAAGGUGACUUUCUUUAAUGCAGAUGACGGCUCACUCAUCUACUCAUUUAUCGACGGACCAAGUUAUCAGGAUGAUGUCCUGCCACUUUUCUCACCCUGGAACAAUGAUGCAAAACCAAUCACAAUUUUGUCCAUCACAGCAAAAUAGAAAAACUAAAUUGAUCACAUUCCCUGUCUGUCAAUAGCUUAUCAUGGUAUCAAGCUGUGUUAAUAGUUAUCGAUUAAGUAAUAUCCAGAAUUGUGGAUUAAUUUGUUUGAUCCUUUGCUGUCAUUUAACCAGGCAUCUACGUUGUGUUCCAUUAUCUGUAUUAAUAUAUUAUUCGUUCAUUAUUUCAGUAGAUUUUUGUAUGAAAUUAAACAAACAUUUUGUUUUAAAAUACUAAAUGUUGAUUUGAGAAAAAUACAAGAUCUUAUUUGGUAUCUGGAUGUAGAUCUAUUGAUGACUAGGAUUGAGAGAAACAACUACCUUCUAAUGGCUUGUAUGUAGUUAUUUUGACAAGUUUGGUAAUCAUCCAUCACGUAAAACAUUGAUUAUAUUUACAAUGACCAAGCAUGAAAACUGGAUUGCCAGAGAUUUGACACAAUAUAUUGACCCUGUAAAGCC